AUGGCGCAAAGAGCAGUCUCGGCGGACCAAGUAAUGCAAAAAGUGGAGUACCGAAAGAAGUCCGUUAAAGUGACAUUCGCACAUGCAGCAUAUUUACGUUUUGUUGAAUUUCAUUCCGCUGGCGCAUCUUUUAAUCCAGACUAUUUCUCGAACUUUACACUGCACACGACCAACAACACAAUGAAUGUCGAUAUGUACAUAAUACAACCACUGAAGAGUGGUUUUAGAGCCUAUUUUGAGUUUCAGUUGCGAAUGUCUAACACGAGGAAGUAUCAACAGCUCUUCAGCUAUCAUAUUGACGUCUGUACCAUGGUUGCAUCCCUCAAGGUGUCUCUGCUCAAAAAGUGGUAUAAUAGUUUAAAACGUUAUGGUAACUUUUUAAGUAAUUGUCCCGUAACUGAGGGUCAUUACUAUCUCAAAGGCUGGAAUUGGGACCCAAAACUAUUGCCAAGUUUUUUGCACACUGGCGAAUAUCGCAUAAGAGGAUAUGGAUAUUAUGGAAUAUAUAAAAGCAAAAAUGAAGUAAUGGUGGUUGAUUGUGAUGUUCAUAUUAACAUUAUAUAA